AUGCUGAACGACCCGGCAGCGCUGUCAUGGGCGGGCGCGUGGGGGAUGAACGUGGUGUCGUCGGUGGGGAUCAUCAUGGUCAACAAGGCGCUCAUGACCUCCUACGGCUUCGCCUUCGCCACGUCCCUCACCGCGCUCCACUUCAUCACCACCACUGCCGUCAGCAACGCCGCGACCGCCGCUGGCGCGCUCGCACCGAGCAAGCACGUGCCGGCGCGCACGCUGCUGUGGUUCGCGUUCGUCGCGAGCCUGGCCGUCGUGAGCAUGAACGUAUCCCUCAUGGUGAACUCAGUGGGGUUCUACCAAAUCACCAAACUCUCCAUCAUUCCCGCCUGCUGCCUCUUCGAGGCGCUGCUGCACCGCAAGACGUUCUCUCCCGCCGUGAAAGCCGCCGUGGUCGGCGUGAUGGUCGGCGUGGGCAUCUGCACCGUCACUGACGUCACCGUCAACACCGCCGGGCUUCUCGCCGCGAUCGUCGCCGUGCUCUCCACCACCUUCCAGCAGAUCUUCAUCGGGUCGCUACAGAAGCAGUACAGCAUCGGAUCCUUCGACCUGCUCAGCAAGACCGCGCCGUACCAAGCCGUGCUGCUCGUCAUCUGCGGCCCCACAGUGGACUACCUCCUCACGCGCCGCAGCCUGCUGGCCUUCCGCCCCACGCCCGCGUCCGUGGCGUUCAUCGUGCUCUCCUGCGUACUCGCGCUCUUCGUCAACCUCUCCAUGUACCUGUGCAUCGGGAAGUUCUCCGCGGUGUCGUUCCAGGUGCUGGGGCACAUGAAGACGCUGUUCGUGCUCGUUCUGGGCUCUGCGCUCUUCCACUCGCCGCUCACCGCCAAGAACCUCAUGGGCAUGGCGGUCGCCGUGCUCGGCAUGCUCGCGUACAGCUGGGCUGUUGAGAGGGAAAAGGCCGCCGCUGCUGCUGCGGCUGUGGUGCUGCCAGUGACGAAGCAGCAGCAGCAGGCGGAGGAGCAGGCGUUGCUAGGAGUAGCGGUAGAGGGGAAACGGCAAGAAUGCUGCUGCGGGGCGUUUCUUUGGACGAGCUCACCAGGCUCUCCCCUUACCCUUUACCCCACUGCCUGGCCCCCGCUACACGGCACCUCCUUCUCCUCUUCCCCCCUCUUCCCCUUCACCUCCCCUGCGUGGCAGAUGCUGCUAAAGCUGUACCCCUUUCUGAACGAGCCCACCAAUCUGUCUCCUUGCGCCCCUGGCUCCGUUACCCGCAUCCUGCUGUCCCGCACCCCCUUCCCCCCCCCCCCCACACACACGCCUCCUUCCCCUGCAUGGCAGAUGCUGCUGGAGCCGGACCCCUUUCUGAACGAGCUCACCAAGCUGUACGAGCGCCACAAGGGCGCCGGCACCGUCUGGGUCACUCUCAAGCGCUCCAAUCUGCGCAAGAAACCCAAGGGAGGUGCGCAGAAGGCAGGGGCGGAUGACGUGGAGGAGGAUGAGAGCAGUGCUGCGGAGUACCGGUGUGUGGUGAGGGCCACCGACGGCAAGAGGAAGAUCAGCACUCUGCUGGGACCUCGGGAGCACGCCAAGUUUCAGGCGGCUUAUGCGCUCGUGCUGAAGGCGCACAUGGACUCCCUUAAGCGCAAGGAGAAGCGUCAACUUCAGCAUCCUGGUCUAAUGCCUCUCCAUUAUCCCUCCUUCCCCCCUACGUCCCUUCUGCCCUCCCUCCCUUCUCCCGUCUCCGACCCUCUCCACCCUUUUCCACCCCUCUCCACCCCUCUCCAGAUCAACUUCUGUGUGCUCGUGCCGCGCCUGUCAGCCGCCAUCAUCAGCGCACAGGCGGGCGCAUUCGAGGCGUCCUCGCUCGUCCUCUUCCUGCUCGGCCUCGCCGUCACGCGCCUGCACCUCCCCCUCUCCGCCCUCUCCCUUGCUUACAGCCUCGUGCCCCUCGCCCUUGCUGCCCUUGCUGCCGCUGCCUUCCCCAACUCCCCCUUUGGCGCUGCGAAGGCUGCUGAAAGCGAUCUCUCAUCAGAAGCAUCCCUUGCACAUCAACUCCGCCCUUCUCCCUGGGAUCGCCCCCUGCACGGCACCAGGUCGCCUUUGUACUGGGUGCACGUGGCAGUGUCGGCAUACCUCGUGCUGCGCUCCAACUUCUUCAUUGCUGCUGUCAACACCCACAUCCGCUACACCGUGACGACUCUCCUCAGCAUCCCUCCCUCCACCGCAACCACCGACCUCCCAUCCGAUGCUGCCGCCCAAAUCACGCGAUACAUUGACAUAUUCAACAUCGUGCUGGCAGCGGGCGGGGUGUUAGCCGUGCCGCUGGCGGGGUGGAGCAUGGAGCGCCCAGGGCUGCCUUUCUCCUUCGCACUCACCACGCUGCUCUGCGCGCUCUGCUCUGCGGUUCAGAUGAUGGCCGCUUGGGUGCCGCUUCCCAUGCAGCUGGUGGCGUUCCUUGCCUUUGCCAUCGCCAGGGCAUUCAUCUACAGCACCAUGGCGACAUACAUUGGUACUCUCUUUGGCUUCCGUAACUUCGGUCGGCUCUAUGGGAUCAACCGGCUAGGAGGCGCAUUCCUCACAUUGUUACAAUACCCUCUGACGAGUGCUUGUGAGUCAUCCAUGGGCGCACAAUUCGUACUCGUGAAUGGUCUCUUCCUCGCUAUAGAACUGAUACUAACAGCCACAUUUCCAUAUUACCUCUCAGUAGCCAUGUAUGGUUAUUUCUGGAGACCACUGCCUAGGGUAGGUCAUGGGAAGUAG